AUGUCUGAAGGAGAUGUUGUAUCAGCUAUUACCAACCCAGUCGAGAAGGUAACCGACCCAAUGGUUGCCCUCCAAAAGGUCCUCAAGGAAGCUUUGGCCUGCAGAGGUGUUGCCCGUGGUCUCCACGAAGUCGUCAGAGAUUUGGACACUAGAGCUGCCCGUCUCUGUGUUUUGGCUGAAAACUGUGAUGAGCCAAACUACGUUCGUUUGGUCAAGGGAUUGUGCGCUGAACACGAUAUCCCAUUGAUCACCGUUGAAGACUCAAAAUUGUUGGGAGAAUGGGCCGGUCUUUGCAAGCUCGACAAGGAAGCCACCGCCCGUAAGGUCGUUGCCUGCUCCUGUGUUGCCAUCAAAACCUUCGGUAAGGAGUCCGAAGAAUACAAAUUCCUCAUGGAGUAUGUUGAGAAGAACAGAGUCUAA